GGCUGGAAGUCAGCGGAGGCAGCAACAAGUUCAGCUGAAGACUGAAGCAAGAGCUGGGUCAGCUGGCAGCCACAGCAGCCACAGCAGACUGGGCAACCAUGGCCUCCUGCCCAGACUCGGACAAUAGCUGGGUGCUUGCUGGCUCCGAGAACCUGCCCGUGGAGACCCUGGGCCCGGAGUCCAGGACGGACCCAGAAUCUGAGAAAGGGCCUCCUGCCCCUUGCAGCCCCUCUAAAAAUGAUGGUGACGAGUUAGCUGGGACCUUAGUUGGAGAAGAGACCAUCUUGCAGAGUGACGGCUCCCAGACAGGCCCCAUUCCCCCAGAGGAGACUGAGGCCAAGCUGUGUCUGUGUCAGGGUGUCCUGGAAAGUGAUGGCUGUGCAGUGGUGCCUCCUUGCCCUGGAGACACAGUGGCCCAGGGAGACUUGGAGGAGGCCCACGUGGUGGCGGACUUGGACACACAGGAUCUAGAGGACCAGAGCUGCUCACAGAGCCGGCCCUCAUCCCCCAAAGCAGCCCUCAUCCCUUCUCCAGAGUGGAUCAGGUCGGAGGUCCAGUGCUCCAGCAGCGAGGACGACACUGACGUGGACGUGGAGGGUCUGCGCAGACGGCGGGGCCGGGAGCCCAGCGCUGCUCAGCCCAGGGCGCCCCUGGAUGUGGAGGACCAGACUGGGAACGAGGGUGCGGGUGGAGAGCUGGGCAUCUCCCUCAACAUGUGCCUCCUGGGGGCCCUGGUUCUGUUGGGCCUGGGCAUCCUCCUCUUCUCCGGUGGCCUCUCAGAGUCCGAGGGCGGGCCCAUGGAGGAAGUGGAGCUGCAGGUCUUCCCGGAUACCGGGGCAGAUGCUGAGAUGCCGGGUGCUGUGGGGGAUGGGCAGGAUGGACUAAGGCAGCAGCUGCAGGCCUCUGCACCCCCUGACAGUGUCCCCAGCCUGCAGAACAUGGCCCUUCUUCUGGACAAGCUGGCCAAGGAGAACCAGGACAUCCGGCUGCUGCAGGCCCAGCUGCAGGCCCAGAAGGAAGAGCUCCAAAGCCUGAUGCACCAGCCGAAAGGUCUGGAAGAGGAGAAUGCUCGGCUCCGAGGGGCCCUGCAGCAGGGGGAGGCCUCCCAGCAGGCCUUGGAGUCAGAGCUUCAGCAGCUGCGGGCCCGGCUCCAGGGGCUGGAGGCUGGCUGUGUCCGGGGCGCAGAUGGGGUGUGCCUCCACUGGGGCAGAGGCCCACAGAAGGGCCAGCUCAGCAAGGAGCCACACCCCAGGGGACAGGAGCCAGGCCCUGACUUCCUGGAGCAGAAGGAGCGUCUGGAGGCUGAGGCCCAAGCAUUGAGGCAGGAACUGGAGCGGCAGCGGCGGCUCCUAGGGUCUGUGCAGAAGGACCUAGCACAGAGCUUGCAGCAUGCUGGCCGAGGACACCCGGCGCACGCUGGCCUGGCUGAGCUGGGCCACAGAUUGGCCCGGAAGCUGGAAGGCCUGCAGAACUGGGACCAGGGGGUUCUGGCCAAUGCCUCAGAGGCCUGGCAUCAGGAAUCCCACUUCCAGAGUCCCAGGGAGCACAGUGGAAGGGACAAGAGGCGGGAUGAGCAGGGGGACCGGAAGGUUGGGCAGUGGAAGCAUAAGAAGGAGGAAUCUGGCUGGGAAAGGACGAAGAGCUGGGGGGGUGAGGACAGGGAGCUGGCAGGGAGGUGGAAGGAGGGCAAGCCAAGAGUAGAGGAGUGGGGUAGCAAGAAGGAUGGCAAACGGCAAGGCCCCCCGGCGCCCCCCAGGAAAAAUGGCAGCCCCCCCUUCUCUGGGGAAAGGCAGAAGCAGCCCUGGUGGAAGGAAGGGGCUAAAGAUAGGCACGACGCCCCGCCACCCUGGGCAGAGCUGUCGAGGCACAAGUACCGGGCACCCCAGGGCUGCUCAGGGGUGCACGAGUGUGCCCGGCAGGAGGGCCUGGCCUUGUUUGGCAUGGAGCUCGCCCCAGUGCGGCAGCAGGAGUUGGCCUCUCUACUGAGGACAUACCUGGCACGGCUGCCCUGGGCAGGGCCGCUGACCAAGGAGCUGCCCCUGUCUCCCGCUUACUUUGGUGAGGAUGGCAUCUUCCGCCAUGACCGCCUUCGUUUCCGGGACUUUGUGGACGCCUUGGAGGACAGCCUGGAGGAGGUGGCUGUGCGGCAGACAGGUGAUGACGAUCAGGUGGAUGACUUUGAGGAGUUUAUCUUUAGCCACUUCUUUGGAGACAAAGCGUUGAAGAAGAGGUCAGGAAAGAAGGAUAAGCACUUGUGGAGCCCCCGAGUUGUGGGGCCCAGGGAGGAGCACAGCCAGCACCACCGGGGCUGAGGCCUUGUGUUGCCUAGUGCUGGGGGCCAGCCUCGUUAGACUACCCUCUUCUUGGGAUGGUUUGUGUCUUUGACUUGCCUGCACAGAGAUCACCCAGCCUUGCACUGAAGCCACUUGCACUAGAAAAAGGUCACAGCCAGACCAGCCUUACUGUCUAUGCAAAUGUAUGCAAAUGCUCAAGGCCCUGGGCGGCCCAGAGCCAGACUUGUGCCCUAGUGAAGGGGGAAGGGAGGAGGAGCCUGGUGGGCUGGGGUGUGGUGGAGGGCUGGCAUUCUGCGUCUGAAGCCAAAGAGUUUUCAUCCUCUAGUGAGUGUUUGUGUAUGCCCCCCCAGAGUGGUCCCCUCAACUCCACUUGCUGACCUGAGCCCCUGGGACUUGGCUAGAGCCCUGGCUGGGGGCCCAGCCUGAGGGCUUUCCCUGGGGUUUUGUGUUCUUUGGCAGCCUCUGUCCUCAGGGGAUGAAGUUCCCUUUUUACCCUGCUUCUCAGGAGGCCUCACCCGGGGCUGUGUGAACUGUAGACUCAGUUGUGGUUGUGACAUGGGUGGGAGGGGCCACUUGGGUGGUUUCUAAGUGGGGUAAGGGACGCCCCACACCCACCAGGGUCCUAGGCACUGCUGCUCACCUCCCACAUUCUUCUUUCCCCUCACCUUGUGCUCCCAACCCCAGGUCCUCUGCACUGGAACUCCCCAUUUUGCUCAUAGCUGCCUUGGCUAUGCCCCUGGGAGAGUAGAUUUUGGAGGCUGAGCCCUGGGCUCGAAUCCAGGCUGCAUGACUUUGAACAAGUUAAUUUCUGGGAACCUUGGGUUUCUUAGUCUCAGAAAAGGGAUUGGUGGGUGGAGUGGGGAUGUGGGGG